AUGGCUGCAUACAGACAACCCAUGACCAUAUCCGAUAGAGCACCAACCUCACCCCAAACACCACACUCCCCAUGGCAUUCACCCGUCCCUUACCUCUUCGGCGGUUUAGCUGCCAUGUUAGGUCUUAUAGCUUUCGCUCUCUUAAUACUUGCAUGCUCUUAUUGGAAACUCUCCGGUUACCUCGAAGGCAACGGCGAAUCCGAACGAGACCUCGAAGCCGGACAAGCAACAAACGACACAGAUGAAAAGCCUCAGAAGCCUUACGAGGAGAAAAUCUUGGUGAUUAUGGCGGGACAGGAGAAACCAACAUUCUUAGCAACACCAAGAAUGUCUUCAAGCGUAGGAACUAGUAGAUCCUCGUCUUUCGGCGAUAACACUAGUACAUGUACCUGUGACCAGAACCAGAAAUCGAAGGAAAAUCUGAAUGAUGAUGCCGAUAACGAUAACGAUGAAGGCGAUGAUGGUGAUUCAAGUGUGAAACAAGGAAGUGGUGGUGAAAAUCGUGUUGGAAGAACAGAGAGUGUGGAAAGAACAGCAACAGAAACAACAACUAUAACAACAGAUCAGAAUGUUUAA